AUUUGGAAUAUCUCAAUGACGCAUUUGCAGUAUUAAGCCCUUACUUGGAAGCACCAAAUAUUGGGCAGGAAAGUUUUUUGGGGAGUGGGUGAGAGUCAACUGAAGAAAGCUGCAUUUACGUGGCUGGCCUAUGUGGCGAAUGUGUGGGCUGAAGAGGGCUGGGGUUGAUGAGAUUUAAUCCUGUGAACUGCCCUGAGACCUGUGGAUAUGGGGCGGUAUAUAAAUUUAUUUUUUUUAAAAAAUUGGACUCCCAACAGUAGCUUGAGGGCUGCAAAUGCUGUAUAGUGAGCAUAUGGCAUAUUCCAAAUGUUAAGUCUUAGAAAAGUAUGAGAGCAGGAAAUCAUUGCUUUGAGUUUUGCAAGCACGAUUAAGAGGAAAAGUAAACUUUCUAAGAUAAGAGCUAGUGUGUGUGUGAAACGAAGAGCUUGAAAAUCUGAGCUGAAAUAUCUGCUUAGCCAUGAAGCUCACUGGGUGACUGGCUGCAUACACACUAUAACUUUAAAGCACAUAGGAAGCACAUUCUUCCCCACCAAUGUAUAUAUACACAUAUUUAUAGGCACUGUAGUUUGUUAAGGGAUACUGGGAAUUGUGACUGAGGGAUAAACUACAUUGCCCAGAAUUCUCUGAAGGAAAGAACGUGUUUCAAAUGUGCUUUAUCAGCCAUCCCACCUCACAGGGGUGCUUGUGAAGAUAAAACAGUGGUGGCAAGGGCAUAAAUUACGCACACCACGCUGAGCUGCUUCAAGAAAAGCGCAGGGAAAAAAAUAAAGACCAGUGAAUUCUUUAUUGCAACAUGCCAGCAGUGCUAAAUAUAUUUUUUCCCUCUGCAGGCAGGGAAAAAACCUAGCAAAACAUUUCAACAUCACUACAUCUCCCGUGUUGGACGAAUAGGAGGAGGAAGAGGAGAGGCAACCCUAAUGGUUGUGCAAGAUUCAUUUACUGGCAAGCUAUAUUUUUUUCCAGGAAGCUCCCUCUAAAGGAUAGAAGAGCUGAGAUUUAGUAGGUAGCAGACAAUGCAGCAGAACAUCAUUGGCUAAGGAGACCAUGAAAAGAAGGGCAGCAUCUCCACCAAGCUUUCAAACAGCAGUGAUAACAAACAUUGUCAUAGGAGGCAAAGGGGAUCCAGAUCUUACCCAUCGCCUCCAUGAACUUCUCAUAGUUUUCACUCUUCUCCACCUUCCAGGUGCCAUCAAAUGCCAUUCUUAUCUGCUGUAAGAGGGGAGCUUAACACAGAGGUGAUUUCUGCUCAACCUGAGGUAUUCCUGAGUUCCCUGGGGGGGAUUUAUGCCUUCACUUAUCUUGAAAGCAAUUCACACACUGGUGUGGCUGACUAAAGUGCAAUUUAGUCACAUGGCCCUAUAAGAUUUAGCUUCUAAAACUGAUUAUUUACCCUGUUGCAAAGGGUGCCUGUGAAAACCCAGCUGAAGUGAGUAAGUGUUCCCAAGUCCACAGUUCUUUGAGGUACAGCUUUGAAUAACAUAUUAAACUGUGACUGUUGAUUUAAAGAGAGAGAGAAAACACAGAGAGAAAAGGAAUCAGGGUGCGGGUUUAGUUUAAUUGAAAGUCCUUAUUUGAACUAGCAAUCUUUUAUCAAUCCUCUUUGCGGUGUCUUACUGCUGAGAGAAAUUAAAUAUUGACCCAAGGAAAGAGAGCACAAAGCUUCUUCAUACUGCCUUGUUGCAACCAACCCCAGGUGGUGUUUGGAAGCUGUUCCACUCUGUAUAAUAAGGGCGGGAAAGACAAGUGCAGAGCAUUCAAUCGGGACCCUGACCAUUGUUGUCCGUUUUGCCUUAGGUGCUUUGCCAAUUCAAAUUCUGAGAAUCUAAGUAUAGGGCAGCUAAUUGGUUUGAAUUUGGCAGGUCAGCCAAGGCAAACAAGAUCAGACUGUACUAAAUUACCUCUCCUGCUGAGGAUGUCUGUGUCUCCAUAGUGCAAAAAAGAGAGAGCAUUGACAUGCCUGUUCGACACAGGACUCGUUUGAGAACAACAUCUUAGCAUGUGCAUUUUCUAAAUCGGUGGCGAAGUAUUUUAAACAGGGGUGAGAAUCCUGUACUCUCAACUCUAUAUACAGCCCCACUAAACUCAGUGACGCUUACACAUGAGUAGCAAGUACAGUGGUACCUCGGGUUACAGACGCUUCAGGUUACAGACUCCACUAACCCAGAAAUAGUACCCCAGGUUAAGAACUUUGCUUCAGGAUGAGAACAGAAAUCAUGCUCUGGCAGCGCAGCGGCAGCAGGAGGCCCCAUUAGCUAACGUGGUACCUCAGGUUAAGAACAGUUUCAGGUUAAGAACGGACCUCCAGAAUGAGUUAAGUUCUUAACCCGAGGUACCACUGUAUAGCACUCUAAGCCUAGUAAAAAGUCAACACUGACUUUCUGAGGAACAACGACUCUUACAUCUCUGUGAACCUAUCAGGAACUUGAAAUGUGUGCUGCCAGCAAUUCAAACAUGCAUGAUAAUAGCUCUUCAGCAACCUACUUUUGGCUUCAGUCAGUUCUAGACUACGUUUGAAGUCCCACACAUACUUUCUUAACUCUUUCCUCCUCUCCAGCACUCUCUAAAUGCCCACUGAUUUAAAACACUUAACAAACAUUGAUGAUUAUGAUUUUUUUUAAUUAAAAAAAGUCCCACUCCACUUGUCUGUAGGCUGGGUGCUUGGAUUAAAUAUUUGAAGAAGCCCUUGGAUUAAAUAUUUGAAGAAGCAUCACAUAUGAGUAGAAUUCCAAAGUUUGUUUUAGGACAAUACCAAAAUAUUAAAGCAACCAAAAUAUACAAAAUUGGUGUGGCAAGCUUCUGAGUUCUCCAUAACAUUUUGUCAGGUGGUUAAAUGGUUAAACAAUUUUGUUACAUUUUCAGAAAUGAGGAGUUAGUCAUUGUUCUGCUUUUUGUUCCCAGCAGGUGGAACCUAAUACCUGCACAGCACAUAAAGAGCUUUAUUUGAAUAUUUACUGUCUCAUUUCCCAUUCAUCUUAAUAUUGUUUGGCUACAACAUCAGCCAAAAAAGAUUCUUCUCCCCACCCACCCAUUACUCUGUUUACUGUUCAGCUUGAUGAAGAGUUCUGGAGCUUGCACACUGCUUUGUGAUGCUUUGGUUGGUGUAACAACUAUCACCAGUGAUGAAUAUCCACUUUGGAGGCAAGGUGAUUGUGGGGGAAGUAGGAGCAGAGUAGAAAAGUUAAGUAAUAAUGGUGCCUUCCUUGGGACAGCAUUCCAGAAGUGGGGCGCCAACACGGUGAAGGACUAUUCUGUGCCCUUAAACCACAUUCAAAGCAUACUUCCCCUCCUCAAAGCAAUCUGGGCACUGUAGUUUAUCCCUCACAGAGUUCAAAUUCCCAAUACCCUUGACAAACUACAGUGUCCAGAAUGUUUUGAGGAGAAAACUGUGCUUUGAACGUGCUUUAAAAGAAGAGUGUGUAUAUAAUUUGCAGCUGAAAUUUUGGAUACAGCACCACUGGGGAAGUUGGAGCUUUAAGUGUAUAUUUGCAGCCAAGAGCCCCACUAUUCCCAUUCAUAUUUCUAUCCCAUCUGUGAGAUCAAAAUUACUCUACUAGUCAGGGGAGGGAGUUGCUAUAUUAAGUUGAUUGGAUGAAUGUUGACUGGAACCAUUUAGCAGGCAGGAUGCCAGGCUGGACUUUGUCAGGUACAUUUCAGCUGCAAUUCGCAAACGAUAUUCUGAGAGAUAAGAUAAGCACUUCCCUAUGUUUUAGCCAGCUAGCUAAAUGAGGAUCAGUCAUACUCUUGGCACAUCCUAUCGAUUUCAUUGCUGCAGUUAAGAAACAGGUCUUGGCACCUGAACUGUGACAUUCUUGUUAUCAACAAUGAUUUUCAACCAUGCAAUAUAUCAGACGAUAAUUUCACAAAUGGCUCCCAAUAGGAACUCCUCCAUUCAGUUCUGUAAGCGGCAAAAUGAGAAGCCAGGAGAAGAGAUUGUGCAGAGACAGAGGAUUUGUUGUUUGCAAGUUACUCAGCCUGGGGAUCUUAGUAUCAGGUGGGUGCCCCCCCCAAAAGAAAUCCAAAGUGUGCGAUCAUAGAAUCGUAGAGUUGGAAGGGACCUUGGUGAUCAUCUAGUCCAACCCCCUGCAAUGCAGGAAUAUGCAGCUGUCCCAUACAAGCGAUUGAACCUGCAACCUUGGCAUUAUCAGCACCACACUCCAGCCAACUGGAGUUGACCCUCAAUGCCCAUGCCUUGCUUCUGCUGCUGGAGAUCAAAGACAGGGAUGAACUAGAUGCACACCAAGGUGCCCAGAAUGGAGAGGUGUAAGCUGAUGUCUGUGCGUGACCAACUGCUUCAUUGCCCCUUGAGUUUGUCAGCCUUUCCUUCGCCUUCCUGCAUCCCCUCCCUCUGAUCAACAUGGCUUCAUUUAAACAUGGGUAUACAGCGCACACACAGCAGAAUUGGCAAUAGCAGGGGACCAGAAAAGUACCAUUGUGGUUGGAAAGGUGCAUAGGGAGUGAGUGGUUUACAACUGCAUGGGGGACCUUGUAAAUGCUGCCACUUGGAGCUGAAGCAGUCAGGAGAAUCAUAUGGGGAAGCUUUUAUUGGACUCUACCACAAAGAACCCCUUCAUGGAUCACUGCCUUGCCGUGGCAAAGGGGCUUGAAUAACUCAGAGAAGCCCUAAGCUAUGCCGUGCAAGGCCACCCAAGAUGGACCGGUCAUAGCCGAGAGUUUAGACUAAAUGUGAUCCACCUGGAGAAGGAACUGGCAAACCACUCCAGUAUUUUGCCAGGAAAACUCCAUGGACUUAAAAAAGGAGAAGCUUUGAGAACAAAGUGAGAGUUUCCAAGGCAUGCUCUGGUUCAUGGGGUCAUGGAGAGUCAAACAUGACUAAGAUGACUAAACAACAACAACCACAAAGAGGGGAAGUGAGAAAACACAUGUCUGCAUGCUCUGCACAUAGAAACAAGCUUUACUUAAGAAACUAGCACCUCUUUUAGAAAAUCAGGCUACAACCAUUUCCUCUGGUAUGUUUUCUUUUCUGGGUGGGGUGCCCAUGCACAGAGGGGACCACUGAGACCCAUGUCUCUCAAUCUUCAAUCUGAAAUGUUUCAGCCCCAUAGGAGAUGUUCCACGUGGUUCUCUUGACCAUACGUUUUAGCUCCCAGGGCAUUUUUUUGUCUGAGGUCAAUGAAUUCUAUCUAAAGGCAUCUAUUGAGAGCAAGUCUGUUGGGAUAAGUUGUUGCGUGACCUCAAUUGCCCAAGAAUAUUUUCCUGGUGAAAGGUUUUCCUACAGUGCCAGCUGGUGCCUGCUAAUUUAGGCCCAUUGGAAGAAAUCAUUAACUAACAAAGACAUCUAAUCAACCCAUCACUGAUAAUGAAGAGCAUAUAGGAUAAAGUUGCCUCACAAGAAUUGAGCAGAAUUACAAAGAUCAGAGGUCAGGUUCUCUUUCAAGGUCUGACAGCAUUAUCAGUUGCUGCAGAAAAAGAGACCUGGGCUGGCAUGACUAAACCUGUGCCUCAACUGAAGAGGGUCAGUUUGAAUGUGUACCUGGUUUUAAGUCAUUAGUUUCCUCGCCCUAAGCUCUGGAGAAUACCAGGGAGCCCAUUAGACACCACAAAGCGGGAGAGGGAGCUCAGAGGCGCUCAUGUGGCCCAAGUCAUUUAAGAUGUUCCACAGGUCAGCCAGGGCUUCGACAGGAGUACCACUCAUCUCAGCUGGAAAAUCCUACAGAGUCGCCACGAAACCAGUAAGAUCCAUUAGCUUCUGAGGCCAGGCCACCCUAAUAGGUCCCCCUCUGCUGCAGAGGGGGAAAAGUGCUGGGGCCUAAAUCUCAACAGGAAGUGAUCUGACCAUGAAAAGGGGCUAAUAUCAAUACCCCCCCACACACACUUUCAGAUCCUUCUUUUCCUGCCUAGUUGAGAGAAAGAAGGUCCAGAAUGCGGCCUUCCACAUGCAUUAGGCCAGUGACAUGUUGGAACAGCCCCAUCGUCAUGGCAACCAUGAAAUCCUGAACUAUCCCAGAGCCAGUCUCACUGGCAUGAAAGUCCCACAAAACCAGCAAGCAGUCUAGCAGUCCCCAACACCGCCUCUGAGACCAGCUCAGGCAUGGAGACCACUGAGCAGUAAGCCAGCAGGGUCCCAUAUCCAACCCAAAUGCCCAAUGUCACACACACACACACACACACACACGAGAGAGAGAGAGAGAGAGAGAGAGAGAGAGAGCCUGGAGAAAAGACAGAGAAUUUCUAGAGACCACAGCAUCUCCUCCUCUUUGACCAUCAAACCUGCCCUGAUGCUGCACUAAGUACCCAGGUGGGCACAGCUGAAUGAGACCAAGGUGGACUCUAGACACAUAUAAAAAACGCUAUGAAAAUGCUUUUUUAAAAAGCGUUUUGAAAAAUAUAUUGAAUUCACUCACCAUCAUCAUCUAGUGCCACAUUUGUAUAAUGCACUUAAAACACACUUAAUACAUUGUAUUUGCAAUUGUAUAGCUGAGUCCCAACUCCACCCUGUUCACCCACCUAAGUCUCAGUGAUAAUGAUACAGACCAGGUCUCCUCAUUCCUAUUCAGAUCAUGGAUGAGGGAGGUCUUACUCCGAGCCGACCUGUUAUUCAGCAACAGUAGCCACAGACUUGAGGGUUGGCUGAUAGGACAGCCACAAUUCCGCAGGCUGCAGGAGGGGCUGGCGCACGGCACAGUCACCAAGUGCCUGUGCUGUGUGUCCCUUACCUCUUCUGCACCCCCCAUACUGCCUGCCACCUACCAAAAACCACUGUCAUUAGCCCCCUGCCUUCCCCUCCCCUCCCCUCUCUUCCCAGGCACAUCCUAUGCCCUUUUAAAUAAAAAGAAAAACACCAAAAUUUGAAACUCCACAGAUUAAAACAGAACAUUUUAAAUAGUUGGUGCAGUAAAACCAAUAACAGAGACCUUAACAGGAGCCCCUAGGCAAUGAUAAUGAAAAUUACUGUACACGUUUUACAGCACUUUUUAUUAUUUAUUAUUUACUCAGAAAAUUACUGAGUUCAGUGGGACUUAAUCACAAGGAAUUAGGCAUCGAAUUGCACAAUUAGGAGAACAUUUAUUAUUGGAAGUUCUGUCAGUCCAUGUAUGAAAAAUCAUUGGGUUACAAUUCUUUAAUGCCACUUUAUACGUGGAAGAAAACAAUCACUUGGUUUUUUUGAGAUCUACUUACUUGCCAGCUCCCUCACUGUAGUGAAUAAUAACGCCUCUCUUUUCCUGGUAGUUAUAACUCUAACACCCUCUUCUGGUCCACAGUAUAAAAUGUAUUUGUCCAGAGAGAGUAGUUUACACAGUUCAUUUCAUCUAGUGCAAAGUUUGCAUAUGGGCAGCAUUAUUGAGAGACUUAGACCCUGUAGCCUUAUGAAGAAAGCUGUGAACAUUUACUUAUCUAUACGUUUUUAUUUACAAUACUGGUGUGCCACAUUUCAGUCAUGAUGAUUCUCAAAGUGUUUCACAGUAACAAUGAAGACACGAUUUAAAAACAAUAACAAUUUAACAAUUUAAAACUAUAAUUAGCAAUUACAGUAAAUAAAUAAAUACAUCAGAGGAAAAAGAAUAGCACAAACAGAACUGGUGGAACAAAAAUAAAUAGGUCUUUACUCCCCUGCAAAUAGCAAAGCAAAAUCAGAGACAGCCUGGCUUCAGUGACUGAUGCUAUGAUAAGCAUUCAGGUUACUCAACUGUAAUGUGUUAAUCCUGGGAUAAGGAUUGAUGAAUCUGUCAUUUUUUGUUCAACAUGGACUGAGCAUGCUCAAUGGCCAUGAGAUGUUGACUGAGGGACUUUCCAGAUGUCCAUUUUAUUGGGCAUUCAUGAACAUUUGUGCUCCCGACAUAAACCUUUAAAUGUUAUGGACCGGUAAUAUUGCUCUGACUGCAAUCAGUGCAUGUCUCAUAGUUUCCUGCUAAAACCCCAUAACUUUUUAUAUCACAGAUGUUCAGGUCUGCUUCUUUCUGACGUAGCCAUUGUAGCCAUUUCCACAUACUUACAGUCAAUGCUGGAUCCCAGCUUCCUGUGGGGCUUUUGUGGAAAUGAGAAAUGGUUUGGAACAGCAGUUGCAGCCUGAACAUAAAACUGUAAGCAGUUUAAAAACACAAGUAUGGUAGCAUAGGGCAAGAAUUUAUGUUUGAAAAAGGGGACUCGGAACAAAGAAGAAGAGCACUCUCGACUGCCAUAUUUUGUUGGAGAGCUCAUUAAUAUGAUCUAAAUUUCAAUAUUAGGGACUGAAAGAGUGCAGUAUUCGAUUAAUUUCAAAAGGUGGCAAUAUAGAAUUUGGAAGAAUAUACAUGCUGUUUCCCUUUUAAGUUACUAUUAAGCUUAAAAGCAAAACACCGACCAAAAGAUCUACUGAAUCUAAGAAAUGUAUGGAAUUGUUGACAUUCUGAUGAGGUUGAAGCAGGUAUGUUGAAGGAAGAAGACAUGGGUACAAGAUUUCCAAGAAGAGGAAUUAAAUAUAUGUAUAAAAUCCAUCAGAUUAAAUUGUACUAUUUCUAGAUAGGAUAUCUCCUGUUUUCUUCACUCCUUUUGUUCUUUUCUGAUGGUUCUUUUGGUUUUAUUAUUAUAUAUUAUAUUUAUUCUUCGCACAUAUGAAAGGUGUGCCCAAGUGACUUACAGCAUAAAAUACAUGGGAAACAGAUACAAGAUCUAAAAAUGCUAAUUUUGGGAUAGAAUGGUUUCAUGUUUAUAUAUUAACCCCCAAAAAUACUAAAGUGACAUUUUUAUGCAUAAAUAUUGCAGGACCUAACAACCCAUUAAAAAGGUCAAGAUUUUUAAAAGAAUGCAUGGAAAAAUAAACUGGAAGAAAUCUUUAAGUCCAUACUGGGGGCAGGGGAGAUUGGAGGCGUCUCCAAUUUUGGAAUGAUUCCUUCCUUCCCAGCAGCCUCUCACACGCCACCCGAAAUUAUUAAAGAGGUGCCCCGUGGCCCUUCAUGUAGUUGCUUGGGGAGUAAGGGAUGGGAAACUCUCCUUCCACCAACUUCCUUGUUAACUUAUCUCAGGAUCCAAGCCAAUGUCUAACUGAGUAAUAAAUUUAGGUCUUGAAUACACAUUUAUGACAGCAUUCAGAACAUUCUUUCUCAUAUCAUAAACUCCUGUCUUAUUCACGAGGCUCUUAAAAAAUUACCUUAUAAAAUCUAGCAAAGCUCUUUUUCCACUCUUUGCUUGUCUUUCUGACCAUACAGAAGAUCCACUCGGCAACCCGGUGCUGUGUGCAUCUACUCAAAAGUAAACCCCACUGAUUUCAAUUGAACUUUUUCCCAAGUGAGUGUACCUAGGAUGACACCCAAAAUACUUCUGUUAUUAACUGCCAAGCGUACUUGCCCAAGAUCUUCUGAAUACUGGUGUUGCCAUAAGUCCAGAAUUUCCCAUUCUAGUACUGUAUGUACAAUUCAAUUUAAUAUCAGCCCUGUCGAGUAAAUUCACACAAGUCCUUCUAAAACAUCAUUAUUCUCUUUUUGUUUCCUACCACUCUAUAUCUGUUGGUAAUGAUGAAAUGAAAAGAAAUGAGAGUUUAAAAGAAGUUGUUGUGGCCUUACCAAUCAUCCCACCAACAGCUGUUAACUAGAUAGGGUAACAAUAUAUUUUACUGUAGUAGACUAAAAGAUCUGUUUGUUUUAAAAAUUGCUGCUCCAAACAACCUGCCAUCUAAACCAGCUUUUGCCAACCUGGUGUCCUCCAGACUACAACUCCCAUCAGCCAUGGGAGUUUUAGUCCAGAACAUCUGGAGGAUACCAGGUUGGCAAAGGCUAAUCUAAACUGUCCUUUUUUAAUGGGGGUAAUAGAUUACAUUUCAAAGCUUCCUCAAAAAACAACAGCAAAUAAAGAAGUUUCAUUCUAACAACUUCAUUCAUUCUAACAACUUAUUAGCAUUCUUGGUGAAGCAGGCACGCUAGAAGACUUUCAAAAUUAUUGUUGCCAUCAGGAAACGCAGAUGGUAGAAUCUGCAUUACGGAGGAUUGGGAAUAAAAUACACAUCUGCUGCUUCUCAUACGGAUCUGAGCAAUGAGGAUAACUCUUAGCGUUGCUGCUUGAGACCUGGCUAUUGUAGUUACUAUCCUUGCCCAUGUGGCUCCGUGUUUCCCUCCCUUGUGAAAUGCUCUCGUUACACUUAUUCAGAUUUUAAAGAAGUAUUAUUAGCUGCAGGGUUCUGCAUUUGCUGUGUGAAAACUUUGGUUUCAGAAGAAUGCCCCGGUUCCUGUAGGAAGGCUGUGACCCACAUGUGAGGCGGUGAAGCAGCUCUGAUGGGGGAUAUGCCAUGGCUCUUUCUGAGGAGAAGACAUGCGUUGUAUGUGGAACAGUGGGUGGACGAGGUCCAUGAAGUCAAUAUGGCAUUCCUGUCAUCAACACGUGCUUAUUUGUAUCUAUCUACAAUCCAUGGUGCCAUGGGUAAUAUGGGACGCGCCUAGGAGUUGCCAGGGGCCUUGUCGAAGCUCAUGGAAGAACUUCGGUGCUUAAGGGAGAUCUUUCAUUCAAGUCCCCAACCGCCACUCUUGAUCAGCCAUUUUAAUACACUUGAGGCCCACCUCAGGACUUCUUGCCUCUUACGCAACUGAGUUCAGAGACCUUUGACAGACUUUUAGACAGCCAUGCAUGCAAGAUUCCUUUUCCUAAAUGGUAUUGCUUAAGGCAUCGUGAAUGCCAGGAGAGAUAAGGAGAAGAAUGAAAGACGGAGAACUUUGAAAGCCACGAGGAACUGAGGUGGGCGGGGGGCAAGACAGUCAUAUAGGACAGGGAAAGAGGAGGGCUAUCAUAAGAGAAGGAUCUGUUGGGCUGCCUUUCCAGCCUGUGUGGCUCUGUAUAGGAUAUAAAGACAAAUAGAAAUCAGAACUGGGUAACCUAACAGUGCAUUCUCGAUAACCCAAAACCUGCUGUGAAGAGGCUAGAUCUGGACACAAUGAGGCUGCCAUUCCUGGCUGGUGUGCUUUUCAUCUGUUUUCUGGCACUGGGGAUGUCCAAGGCAGUUCCAGUAACGAAAAAGGUUAGGCUGAUGGGUGACUUUAGAUGGGAACUUACAGGAUUAUUGUUAUGGGAACUUCCAACCCUGUUUCAAAGGGUUGACUAGGACAGUUAUAGGUGUGUGUGGAGAGCCAGUGUGGUGUAGUGGUUAAGAGCGGUAGUCUCUUAAUCUGGGGAACCGGGUUCGCGUCUCCGCUCCUCCACAUGCAGCUGCUGGGUGACCUUGGGCCAGUCACACUUCUUUGAAGUCUCUCAGCCCCACUCACCUCAUAGAGUGUUUGUUGUGGGGGAGGAAGGGAAAGGAGAAUGUUAGCCGCUUUGAGACUCCUGAAGGGGAGUGAAAGGCGGGAUAUCGAGUCCAAACUCUUCUUCUUCUUCUGUGUGAAUGAUCUAGGUGUGUUCUGGCAUAGUUUGUCCACAAAUGGGAGACAUUUUCCUGAACUUGAUUUCUGUUAUAAGAAUAUGGCCUGUGGUUUUCCAUGAACUUUUCAUGUUCUUCUUGUACUUAAAAUUCCACUGUGGAAGCAAAAUAAUCACUUUUUCUUUUUUUCUUUUCUUUUAAAAAAACAAAACAAACAUCUAGGAAGACCAAGAAAAAAGAACAAAAAGUGGAAGUAGUUACCUGGAUACAAUUUUGCUAUCCUGUUAAUCAAAGUAUGCAUUUACAUGCAUUAUAGGGCCACAGAUGUGUCCAUCUAGUUAAGGCUGAAUAGGCUGAACUGUAUCCUGCCAUUAUAAUGAGAAAUCUGGAGUGCAGUAAGAUCCACAACUUACAUUUAUAGUAGUUAUUAUUUGUUUCAGUUUUGAUAGUAGUGCAUCAAGACAUAUUUUUAAAAUGUAAUUAUUUCUGCUGUAAUAUAUGGAAGGCCCUGUUUUCUUUUUGCUUCAGCCUUUUAAAAAAUAAGCAGCAGUUAUAAGGUGGGGGCUGGCCCCAUGAAAUUGUUACUAUAAAGUUUAAAAUAUGGCGAGAACAUCAGCUUCUGAAAUCUUAGAUCACAGUCAAUGCACCAGAAAAAACGAACUCUGAACAUAGGGAUUGUAUUCAACUUUUACUCAGGGUAGACCCAUUGGAAUUAAUGAAUACAACCAAGUUAGGCCCAUUAAUUUCUUUUUCUUUUUUUCUUUUUCCAAAGCCAGGCAGCACCCACGGGUCUCAAACCGCUGGAAGAGAUUAGGGGAUCUAAGCAAUGCUUUGGUUGAUGGAACCACUGGGCUGAGCUGGCUCAGGCCCAUUCAUUUCUGAGUUUAACUUAGCUGAGUGCCACCUUAGAAGUUAGAAGAAAUGACAACUGAUGUUUCCAGGGAGGAAAUGGGUGUCAAUUCAUUUCUGCAAUGUGAUACUCACCAUUGCUGACCACAAUUGUCGUGGGAUAUAAAUGGGCCGGUCUCCUCCCCCUCACCCCACUCCAAAAGCAUUCAGGUUAAUUUUCAUCCUGACUCAAAUUUAUUUCAGCCAGAUGACACCAAAGUAAUCAGCUCACCCACAGGCCAUCUUGGAAUUAGGGCAGCCGUGUGCCCUACUUUACAGAGGACCAUUCCCUGUUUGAAGGGCUACCAGAGGACAGUCGUCACUUUGUCCAGCUGAAACUUGGUUUAAAGUUAAAGAACCCUAAUACGGGACAGAAGUCUUUAAGUUGCCAUCAACAGCUAGGUCCUGGAAACCUCACGUUUCUCUUUAAAUUACAGCAAGUAUUACUAAAUGUGGAUUUACACAUAUAAAUGAGGAUGCACAAAUUUUAUGAAAAUCUGUGUCCCCCUUUGUCUUCUUUUUUGGCUGGUGCAUUUCCUCCUUUUUAACAAUGUGUGGCUGUUCUACUUGGAAUAAAGCCAUGUCAGCUUGGACAACUGCAAAGAGAAUACUUUGGCAUAAAAGAACGAUUGGCAUAAAAGAAUACCUCCCUCCCUGGGAAGAUGUAGCAAGUUGUGCCAUGAUGCUAAAUUUCUAGUAAAUGGGGAUAAAUGGGAAAUCUGAAAUAUUUGUUACAUUAUUCUGAAUCAUUUCAAUUACGGUUUUAACUAUAGAUUGUAGAAGUGAAUAAAGGAUGUGAAAUUCCAGGAUUUCAGCCAGUCCAAGGGUCCAUUUGCUUGAGACUUCUACUUAUGGUGAGUUACGUGUUGGGGAAUGUGAUGUAUGUAUAGAUGAUGAUGAUGAUGAUGAUGAAGAAGAAGAUUACAUUCAUUGGUAGCCCCAGUUAAAAGGAAAUCUUGUAGCAGGCCUGUAAAAGGUUCAAUGCUUAAGAUAGAGAGAGGGGGAAAUUUUCCAAAGUAAUAAAAGAACCAAAACACAUUUUUAAAUUUUGCAACAACGUUCUCCGAACAAAAAAAAUGUGAACUUUAAGGGAAAGUGUAUCAAAAAAGAGUAUUCAUUUUUUAAAAAAACAAAAACCCAAUGCAUUAUAUUAGGAAAAAUUUAUUGCAAAAAUAUUGCAUUAAAGUAUGUCUAUUAGAAAAAAGGUGCACUCAAAUGCUGAUAGAUUUCCAUUAGGAUUCUUUUUUAAGAAAUAAUAAUCGCAUACUGAUACAGAAAUGUGGUGAACUGAUUAGAUUAGAAAAACUGAUUUGAUUAGAAAAAACAAGAAACAGACCUACUGACAGAUUUGGCAAUCCCUACCUAAGAUCCUAGAAAGAAGCUACUAUUCGGAGUUGGCAGCCCUGACACUGAGCUACAGAGCAAUGGUAAUAAGGCAGCGUAAUACAGUGGUGCCUCACAAGACGAAAUUAAUUUGUUCUGCGAGUUUUUUCGUCUUGCGAAGCACGGUUUCAAUUUUUUCCAAAAAAAUCUUCAAAAACCUCAAAAAAGGCUACCACACCGCGUGCUAUGAGUUGCUCCCCGAAGUCAAGUCGCAACUGCACCUCUUCAAGCAAUGCACCCUGUAUUACUGUAACGGUUUUAAGAAAAAGGAAACAAACUUGCAAGAUGUUUCCGUCUUGCGAAGCAAGCCCAUAGGGAAAUUCGUCUCGCGAAGCAACUCAAAAAACCAAAAACUCUUUCGUCUUGCGAGUUUUUCGUCUUGAGAGGCAUUCGUCUUGCGAGGUACCGCUGUAUCGCUACCCAGCAUUAACAUACACUUAUUAGAAACAGUUCCUAGGGAUUGUAAACAUCAUCCUAGGGGGUGAUGCAGAGAAAGAGUGGAAUGGAGUGAAAGAAAUGUAACAGCUGCUGUCAUACAAAGAAUCAUACAUCUAAUAACCCAGAUUGGAAGAUCAUUUUUGUCUCAUGAAAUGUAGGCCAGCCAUAGAAACAUAUAUACAUUAACCCCUGUCUCUCUUCUUCCAGGCAGGUAUAAAUUUCAAUAUUGGAGUGGUAAGUCUCAUUAGCCCUCCCCUGCUUUCAGUUAUUUAUUCCAUGCCAUUGUCUUUCAUUACAGAACUGAUUUCCCUUAACAAAAUAUUGGAUUUUGCAGAACCCUGGAGGGAUCUAAAUGACAAACCCAGCUCCUUUGAGAUUUCUGGCAUCCUCCUAGAUUUUAUUUUAAUGUGAUUUUCCUCUCCUUAUACCAAUUCCAUAAAAUUGGGUGGAUGGGAAUGUUGUUUUGCCUCCACCUAGACAGGGCAAGGUAUCUUAAAAUGGUUCAGAGUUCAGCGCUGUAAAGUAUCCUUCUGCUAUUGUAAUAAGAAUUUUAAGGUCUUAGAUAUAUAAUAAAUGUUCAUAAAUGUACCAAGCAAACACGUACAUAAACCACAUGUCUGAAGCAGCACAGAAAGACAGUCCUGAAACCAUUUUAACUCCCAAGCUGACCAAAUGUUUCUCUGCAAGGAGGGAGGAGGUGAAAAAAACCUUACUUGUUACAGGAAUUUAGUAAUCACCAUUUCAAAGGAAUGGGCAGGCUACCAGGAAAGGCAAUCAGAUAAGGCAUUAUCAGAUAACCUGGCAGACAGGAAAAACAACACUCAAAUUUCUGUUGUAGACCGCCUUUUCUGUGAUGUAGGUAUGAUGUUUGUGGGGGGGUGGUCUUGGGUUACACCCCUUCUGUGAUGUAUGUAUGAUGUAUGAAGGGGUGGUCUUGAACUCCAGGGCAGGGAAUUUAAAAUGUCUAUAUAAGGGCAGGCACACCUUUGUUCUGGGUCCUCCUCCGUCCUCCUGCGUAUGAGGGCAGCACCCUGUUGCAACAGAUCAAUAAAGAUCAGGCUUACUAGCUGCAUUGCUUCUCAAUAUUCUCUGGUUGGCCUCUGUUAUUUUCUCCUACCAAUAGGGAACCCAUGUAAGGACUCUUGGAUACCCCAUAAGGGAAAAAGGGCAGAUUUUGUUUACAACACUAUGCACUUUGAGUUAGAUUCACCCUUGCACAAGGACUCCCACUUGUACAACAAGGCUUCUCUCCUGUGCCCCACACAUCCCCUGAAAUUGGCUUUGGGGGGUUGGGAUAUCUCCCAGAACAGUGUGCAGACAGAGGAAAGGGGGAAUAUUCCACUUGGCAAGUUGAAAGAAAUGCUUGCAGAUACAGAAUGAUUGGAAGAGCAUGGUGUUCAAUUCCACCCAUGACCUGUUCUGCUGCACUGCUCUCUGUUUUUCUUUGAAAUGCUGAUGUUUAGAAGUAACCCUUUGCUUUGCUUUACAGAAAACUGGGCAAGAUGAUAAAGACAAAAAUGUGAGUAUCUGUCUAAAGAUAUUAAGGUACCCAAAUGCAUCUCAUGAGAAGCCCAAAGUGUAGAUUCAAUGUUAGCGGGCAUGCGAAAGGGAAGAGAUUGUCAUGAAUUCCGGUGGCCACAGCAAAUACAUUCUUUCUGCACUCUAAGGAAAGAGUCAUUCUGAUCCUUGCCCUUAUUCACUUGUCAUAUUGUCCAGGGAGCAACAAUACUCUUAUAUGUCUGACCAUCACUUUCCUAUGUUUUGCCUUUACAGUGGUACCUCGGGUUACAUACGCUUCAGGUUACAGACUCCGCUAACCCAGAAAUAGUACUUUGGGUUAAGAACUUUACUUCAGGUUGAGAACAUAAAUCGUGCUCCGGCAGUGCGGCAGCAGCAGGAGGCCCCAUUAGCUAAAGUGGUGCUUCAGUUUAAGAACAGUUUCAGGUUAAGUACGGACCUCCGGAACGAAUUAAGUACUUAACCGGAGGUACCACUGUAUAUUCUCCCAUACAAUCGUGAGGAGCAAAUGAGCUUUCCCAGUAUAUAAAAGAAAGCUAAUUCAUGGACCUAGGGAAGGGAGAACAGGGCAAUUCUAUUUAUCAUUGAAUAUAGGGUUGCCCAAAAGUAAAAAUUCAGACACAAAAGUUGUUGAGCUUUGAGCUUUUUUUUUCAGUUUUGCCCAAAGUAGUUGUGCAAAAUCUUAAAAUUGACUUUUUGAGCUAUUGUUAAGGAAAUUUGGCAAAAUCUAGACUUCUGACAUGGCUUGCCAUAUGUUUGCAUUUUCCCAGACAUUUCAGCGAUUUCCACUUGGAUGCUGUUUCCAACUACCGUUUUCCUUCUAUGUCCAGGAAAUUCCAGCCAUAUGGCAACCCUAUCAUAGAAGCAUAGAUUUGGGAGGGACCCUGACAGCCAUCUAAUCCCCUGCCAUGCAGGAAUGUCAUCUAAAGCACCCAUGACAUAUGACCACCCAACCUCUGCUUAAAAACCUCUAAGAAGGGGAGGCCAUCACCUUCCAAAGGAGUCCAUUCCACUAUCUUGCAGUUCUUACUAUCAUAAAGUUAUUCCUGAUGUUGCAUGGGAAUCUCUUUUCUUGUACCUUGAAUCCAUUGUUUCGGGUCUUAUUCUGGAGCAGGAGAAAACAAGCCUGUUCCAUUAUCAUUUCAGCUUAAUGAGCUGGCUGGGUGGAGUGGGCAUAGAGUCUUCCUUAAUAUCCAAAGCAUUAAGGGUAAUCUGUGAGAGAGUGUAGGCUUUACCCUCAAUGUUUUGGGGGUUAAGGAAGACCCUUCACCACCUUGUCGUGCUCAAAAAGUAAAUGCAAGCCCCCUUGUUGGACCCUGCAAUAUUUAUUUCUCUAUUGAGAAAAUUCUGUACCCACCAUGUUCAAAGCAAUCUUUGCCGGCGCAAAUAGUUCUCUCCAAUGCUUUAAAAAAUGGUAUGUGGAUAUUUAGCACAGAGCUUAUAAAAGCUCAUGGAAUCCCUGUGCUAAAACUGUCUUUUGGACAUAUACCUCUCAAAGCAAUAAACAUAAACUAGAAUAACAUGUUGCUGAACUUGAGGGACAGCGUCAGAAUGAUCUGAAGAUCUUGAAAGUGAUGUGUGGGUGUGUAUAAACACACAUUGGUAACACUGCAUUUUCAGAAAAUAUUGAAUGAAGACCAAAGUCAGCAGAGCAAAGAGCAGAAGAGAGACGAGAAUAAGAAGAAGAAAGGUCAGAAGAAGAAGAAGGAGCAGAAUAAUGCAGACAAUGAAGAAUAGAGGAAAUGGUGAGCUGGACUGAGAUCUAUUUCUUUGUAGUCAGAUGAUUUGCAUUUUGGACCCAUGGAUUGUUGGAAAUGGCUGGUGCCUGGAGAAAGGUUCUUCACACCUAAACAAGGUGUACUAAUUAAUUGAAUGGAGCCGAUUUAAUGACCCAGUGCAGGUAGCGUUUACACGUUGCUGAGUGAACCAAGAACCUGACUACAGUCGUACCUUGCACCUAAAGCCAAAAUCAUGUAUAGUCAAAACACACUGGACUCCAUGGCAGGUGAGAUUGACCAAGUCAUUUUCCCCACAACCCUGAUCGCUUUCUAUUUUAGGUUUAUUUUUUUUUUGCCACAUUCAUAAAGCUGAAUGUGUGCAAGUUGUGUGCUUUAGAGAGGCUUUAUAGUGCGUUCACAGCCGUAGCAAACUUAGUUCUCUGUUGGUGUGUAGGAUAACACCUCAUGAUGGUAGCAUCUCUCCAUAAGUAGUUGCUUUUAAAGUAGCAAAUCACAUCCACCAUACUAUGUUUCUUGAGAUUCUUUGGAUACAAGCCUUUAAAAUGGCAUGAAACUGAUACAAAUUUGUGGUCUAGACAUGCCUGAUAUUUACCGCUCACUGAACAUUGUUAUCUUCAUAAAUAUAUACUUUUUCAUAAUUAUCUAGAUUGAUUGGCAAGAAGACAGCUUCAGAAUCACCACUGAUCAAUCUUUGGGAGUCUACAUUUGAUCAUUAAAAAGAAAACAACGCAUGAUGCUGUCUUUUGGCACAAGACAUUAAAUGCAUAUUUGGACUGUUCUAUGAAGUGAUUUAGCUAUGUGAUUUAGCUCAUGGAGGAUAUGCCCUUAUCACUUGAAUCAGAACGUUUUGCUAAACAAGCCUUAUAAUAAAAUCCUUUUUUCUCAUCA